GGCGGCUUUCCAUCGGGGAAGACGGGAGGUUUCAUCCAAGGUGCUAGAAUUGUGAAGCGAACAGAAAACCUUGAAACGCCAUUGCGAACGCGUUCGUCAGAGGCCAUUCUUGAAAGAUGUUGACUUUCGUUUUGUCGUUCCCAAUAGUGGUCCAGAUUGGAUUACUAAUUCUGUCACUAGCUGGAGGUCUAAAAAUUUAUCUUGAGCUCACCAAAGGUGUUUGCAACAGCACCGUUCAGCUGACAGGUAAAACGGUCAUCAUCACCGGAGCUAACACAGGAAUCGGCAAAGAAACGGCCAUCGAUUUGGCAAAGAGAGGAGCUCGAAUCAUCUUGGCUUGUCGAGACACUAAGAAAGGCAUUGCUGCUAAAGAUGAUAUCGUUAGACAUUCAGGCAACGAUAACGUGAUUGUACGUUACCUUGAUUUGGCCUCACUUCCAUCUGUUCGUAACUUCGCUACUCUUAUUCUGAAGAGUGAGCAACGACUCGACAUUCUCAUCAAUAACGCAGGUUGUAUCGCACUCGAAAAGAGAUUGACGGCAGAUGGAUUAGAAUCUCAAAUGCAGACGAAUCACUUCGGCCAUUUCCUGUUGACCAAUCUAUUGCUAGGACUCAUGAUCAAAUCAGCUCCCUCUCGUAUCAUCAACGUCUCUUCGAAUGUUUACAGAUGGAUGAAGACUUUGGAUUUGAAUAAUUUAAAUUCGGAACUGUCUUACAAUAACAACAGUUUAUACCAUGGAGUGUAUUACACUUCCAAGUUGUGCCAGAUUCUAUGCACUCGACACCUGGCGCCUCUAGUUAAUAGUUCCGGCGUGACGGUAAACAGCCUGUGUCCAGGAGUUGUCCACACUGAAAUAUUUCGCACUACAUCUUCAUGGUUCCAGAUGUUAGCGGCUUUCGUGCUUCCUAUUUUCUUCAAGACGGCCAAGGAGGGAGCGCAGACUUCUAUUUACUUGGCUGUGGCUGAUGAAGUCUCUGACGUCACUGGAGAAUUUUUCCGCGAUUGCAAGAUUGAAAAAACUUCGCGACUGGCUAGUGAUACUGGUCUGGCAAAAAAAGUCUGGGAAUUGAGUGAAUCCUUUGUCGGUUUGAAACCGGAAGAACGACAUUACUGAAGGGAAAAUGCAAGAAACAUUCAAAGCGAUGAUUGAAAUGAAAAAUGGUUGUGGUUACAUACAAAGAAGUUUAUGGCAAUGUUUCACAAAAAAAAUUUAAAAACGGGAAAAAAUAUACAAAAGAACAGAA